AGUGCUGAGCCUUUCCUUGCGCGAAGUGUUCUUAAAUUAUUAAUGACAGUCAAAUUUAGAAAUAAUGUGACGAGAAGUUCGAUAAAAAUGUGACAUUUGCCGCAAUAAAACAUCGAGAUAACACUGAAUUGCAACCAAAAUGACACCCCAACACUGGGAGAGGAUGUUAUUAAAUUAUGGGACGCGUUCGUAAAAACUCAGCAAGACGUAUGAACACCAACGCCAACGACACCCUUCUUGCCUACCCCUUCAACAACUCAGAUGUCCCCCCAGCCCCAGCAGCAAGAGCUCGCAAGAAACUUGUUCAAGCUCAAGAGGACAACACCAUGCUGGUGGCUAGUCGCAACUCGGAUGUCAGUGUCUCGCAACAGCAUAAAGACAUCACAGAGGAGCAAUAUCAAGACUUGCGCAGACCAAGGCAGCUUCUCUUCUACAGGAAUGGCGACCGUUACUUCCGGGGGAAACGGUUACGGAUAACUCCAAAUCGAUUCCAGACGUUUGAAACCCUCUUGAGUGAGUUAACAAAACACAUGUCCCUCCCUUAUGGAGUGAGAAAGAUUUAUCAACCAGACACUGGUGUAUCUAUCACGGAUAUCGAGAACUUGAAAGACGGAGAAUCGUACGUUUGUGCAUCCUUUGAGAAAUUUAAGAAGAUGAACUACGGUGCUAAUAAGUCAACUCCUGGUUGGGCAACUGGUCAUGCAAGUAAACACAGUCAGCUCCAGAGUGAUCUGUACGGACAUUUAAGCUACUCUUACCCAAGUACUGGCAAAUACGCAGCUGCCUACGCAAGAAGCCCAGUAGGAGGGCCAGGAUCUCUCAAGAAGGGUGGAAGUGGACCAGUGUCAUUCUCUUUCUCUAGUGUCAGGAGACCUCCGCUAUCUCACAGGGAGAUGGACCCAGUCUCAAAGUCUACUGGGGUGCUUUAUUCUGAUCACAGUCCAUCCAAACCAAAACUCUGUAAGAUUGCUAAGGCAGGAGCAAAACCUCCGCAAAUAGUUUCUCUCUUAUUGAACAAACGUAGCGUUCAAUCUUACGAGCAGCUUGUCCAAGACAUCUCCGAUGCAUUUGGACUUCCUAAGUAUAAGAAUCAUAGGAUUAGGAAGCUGUUUACGAUAAGCGGGAAAGAAGUUAAAGGUGUGGCUGAUUUCUUCAGGAAUCCUGACGAUGCUUUCAUUGCAUCAACAUCUAAACAUCCACUAACACGAGAUGAAGUUGCUGAAGUCUAUGCGGAUAGCUUUCCUAAUAUGCCUUAUACCAAGGGUAAUAGGAGACGGACUAAGGGUAGAGAAAGUAAGACUGAUAGCAGUCUUGAAGACGAUGAAAGAAGCGAGAGCUUGAGCAUUCGUCCGCAGAAAAAAUCAGAGAGAAAAAUAAAAGACAUUGAAAAAUCUCCAAGAGGGGAUAAAGAUGUUGAGGAGAAGAGUAAAGAUGAGGUGGAGAGGGAGGAAGCAAACCUGAAGAAAGAGGAAGAAUUAAGACGGAAAGAAAAAGAACUUAAGAAGCGAGAAGAAGAUCUGGAAAAACAACUGGCAGCAGAUAAGAAAACAAAGUCAGAGAAGGAACGUCUUAAGGCUAUUGCUAAGAAAGAGGCAGAGCUCAAAGCUAUAGAGGAAUCACUUAAGAAGAAAGAAGAAGAGGAACGAAAGAGAAAGGAGGAGGAGGAUGCAAAGAAAAAACGUGAAGAAGAAGAAACUGAGAGAAGACGUGAAGAAGAGAAGAGGUUAGAAGAAGAGGACCGGAAGAGAUUGUCCGAAUUAGAAGAUGAACUAGAAUAUGAUGAUAGAGCAGAACUGGAAGAUGAAAAAGAAUUAUUUGGUAAUCAAGAUUCAUACUCUGACGAUAUUCCAAGUGAUGAGAUCAAUUAUGAUAAACGUGAACUUAACAUUCUUGAUGAAGACAACUCAUCAAACGACAAAGAGAACAAACCAAAUUUUUCUUCCGAUCCUCGGGAGAUCGUUGACAAGGACUCCAUCCUCAAGAGGUACACCAUCGGCCCCAAAAUAGGAGACGGUAAUUUUGCCGAUGUCCACGAGGCAACAUUGAAAAACACAGAUCAGGUUUUCGCGAUGAAGAUUGUUGACAAAUCAAAACUGACAAGUAAAGAACAUAUGAUUGAGAACGAGAUUGGGAUCAUGAAGAAUAUCAAACAUCCAAACAUCGCGAAGCUCUUUGAGGAGCAUGAGACAGAGGAAAACAUCUACCUCGUGAUGGAGUACAUCAAGGGAGGAGAUCUGUUUGACGCCAUUACAGAAAGUGUAAAGUUCACUGAAGCAGAUGCAGCAAUUAUCAUUAGCGAUAUGGCUAGCGCCCUCGCUUACCUUCAUGGACUUAAUAUCGUGCAUCGCGAUCUGAAGCCAGAAAACUUACUGUUUGCCAAUCGAAAGAUCAGCAAAUCAUCUUCAGGAGAUGUGACUUUAAAGCUAGCUGACUUUGGUCUGGCUAUGGAGGUUAAAUCACCCAUCUUUACAGUCUGUGGAACUCCAACUUAUGUGGCUCCGGAAAUACUAGCAGAAACAGGUUACGGCCUAGAGGUUGACAUGUGGGCUACUGGUGUCAUUUGUUACAUCUUACUGUGUGGGUUUCCACCAUUCCGAAGUUUAGAUCGAGACCAAGAAGAGUUAUUUGAAAUCAUCCAAUCAGGAGAGUUUGUUUACCUCUCACCGUAUUGGGAUAAUAUCUCAGAUAGUGCCAAAGAUUUAAUUGAUCAUCUUCUGGUAGUCAGUCGAAGGAAACGCUAUACGGCAAAGCAAGUCAUGAAACAUCCAUGGAUCACCAGCGGAGGAGGAAAGCUUAAAGAAGCGCUCCCAAAUCUACAGAGAGAAGUUUCUAUGAAUCUAGAGAAGAACUUUGAAGGCAGGAAGAGUGGAAGGCGUAAAGGAGGAGGAGGGGUUCGAUAGAAGAGUGAGGGAGGGGGGGGGAAUCCGUCUUGUACCUCAAGCUGGACGUCUUCAGGGCCUAACUUCAUGGCUGUGCUGACCGCCGAAUUCUGCGCUUACAAUCUCUGUUCUUGCUUACUAUGAAAGGGCCAAAUUUCUGCGCUAGCUGCGUAAGCCUAGUAACGUGGAGUACAUACACACACAAGCAGAAUAAACUCCUGCUAACCUGUAAAUUACACUUGACGUAAGUGUGGAAUUGCAUGCUUCGCAAGCGUCAAUUCCUUUCUAUUCAAUGGACCCUUCCCAUGAAAUAUUCUAAUUACAUUCACGCAUGCGUACAGACUCUGUUGGUUGGCAAUUAC